AUGAUAGACGGUAGUACCACCGGAAGGAAUAAUGAUGGAUGGGCGAUUGCCGUGGUGAUUUCUCAACUGCUUUUGAGCAGAAUGGUAGUGGCGCGAUCUGCAGAGGUGUUUGAUCAUCUUCGAGCACGAGCAGAUGCAGAAUCGCUAACAGAGACGGUUUCCGGAUUUACAUCUGUCGGUACCAGCGACCUUGUCACAGAGUCUCUUCAACCAGCUGCGAUAACCCGAACAGCCGCCAACACAUCGCAAGAUGUAUCUCCCACUAACAUCGGACAAGCGACUGAUAUUGGGACUAUCGCUACAGAUACCCUAUCCUCAAAUCAGGUGGCGGUCACUUCUGCCUUUACACCGCAAACUGUGGCAGCUUCACAAGAUGCGACGGAUAUUCCUGAGCUUUCUGUCGGAGCAGAUGGGACCUUAUACUGGCAGCAACCUGCCUUAGUAGCUAGUCAACAGUCUGAUGCGUCGGGAGCGGCAGAGACGAGCGUGGAGAUGUCAAAUGCUGCUCCUGUGACAUCUCUCCCUGCCACACUUGCAGUUAAGUCCACGGCGAGCGUACAGCCAAGCGUUAUUUCCGAGACAGCGAAAACACCCACAACUUCAGCCCCUCAAAUUCGAACCACAGUAGUCAUUGUUGCCACCGAUCCCGACUCUGGUAAUGAGACGUCUGCUGUGUCUAUCUCGGAUGUCCAACUGUCAUACUCGGCUUCCCAGACCCUAGCAGAUGGGGGCUCGUUGACUUUACAAGUUGCAUCUAGAACCGUAUUAAGCUCGGCAGUUUCUUCAUCUUUGACCGGAAUCACCAGUUCAGUUGCUUCCCGUUCUGCAAUACUCGACUUUAGCGAUGUCAGCAUUACUUCAAGGACAGGAGCUAUUGCAACUUCUUCUGGUAGUGCUUCGCAUUUGGCAUCGGCUUCAAAUGUCAAUAAUGGUGGAGUGAUCGCUGUUGAGGACGAUGAUGAGACUAGUAUGGCAUCGUUCAAAUCGACGACGACGGCAGCCACAAUAAAGACUUCUGCUUCGAAUUACAAACUUACCGGGCCAUCUUCAACCUCAGCUGAAUCGUCCGAAUCCAUAGAUGAAUCUUUAGUUUCAGCUUCCUCGAGCGCUACUACUCCCACGUCUGCUGAUGACACGGUUUUUUCCUUACCAUCCGACACCACUAUCGUUUCUGAUGGCGUCACCCUCACUGGCCAAGACGCUGUGGCUGCCCUUGCGGCUGAGAAAACUAGUACCGCGAGCGCCGCAGCGACGACGAUGACAACUUCUGAGAGUAGUGGAUUGAGUUCGAUAGCGAUUGUCGGUAUUGUCGGAGGUGUUUUAGUGGCUCUCAUCGUUAUAUAUUUGAUCUGGUACCAAUGGCGAAAGAAACGCGCUCGCAAAGCACUUGGUGAAGAGACUCCUGAUGAUCCUGACAUCCCGGACGAGAAAUAUCCCGACCGCCUCACUCGGUCUUCGUUUGGCGCUGAUGAGCCGAUUACCCCUGCUUCUUACAAGCGUCGCAGGACCGAUCAUUACGAUGAUGAUUACGAUGCUACAAUGUACGACCCCGAGACAUACUAUGAUGACCGAAUGACUAGAGCGCCGACAGAUUAUGAAGGGGAAUACGAUUAUGAUGGUGGCGGGAGAACGAUCGCUGGCGAUAAGAUUGCCCCUGACGGGAGGACAGAGUAUGGGUUGACACAGUAUGGCGAUGGUAUGACGGCUGUCCUCGCAGACAGCAUGGCCACUGGUGUCCUACCCACUUCGCGCACAGUGCAAACCGGCCAAGGUGAUAAUCCCUUUGUCCCGGUACCCCCUGUUCCACGAUUGCCAUCUGUGUACACCAGCCCGAAGAGCACCACAGUCCGCGUAGCGAACGACAACCUAUCCCAAGCACCUGCUCAUACACAGAUGGCAUACGACCGGGAUACAGGAUAUGGUAUGAGCAUAUAUGACGCAUACGGUGGUCCUGAUUCAAGGCCCCAGACGCAGUUUUCGGAGCCAAGCACAUCCAACCUUUUACCGUGGUUCAACAAAGGUUCACAGACUCCCGCUCCACCCGUCCCGCCGGUGCAUUCUCAACACACAAACAACCAAGCGGCUGGUGGCCCUCACACGCUUCCUCAGCCGCCUCGGCCUAAUGGGGAAAAUGGACUAGGGGCCCAACAGAUGAUGGGUAUGCCAAUGCCAUUGAAAAUGCAGAUGCAGAUGCAAAUGGAUGAACAUGAGCCGAUGAGGGCGCCGCCGAGAGCUGUGAUGGCACAGACACCGUUACCUGUUGGGGCUCCUAUGAAGUUUGAGAGCGAGCUGGAUAGAGCGCCGAUACCCACCUUCCGCUGAAAGGUGUGUAAAAGGUGUAUGUGUAUUGUAGAAUGUGGGAAAUGGAACAGCCGUGAAAAGUAGGGCAGAAGCAGGCUGCGUUGCCUUUUUUUUUUUUCCUCUGAUA